AUGAUGCAGUUCAUGCUGUUAUUCAGCCGCCAGGGGAAACUGCGUUUACAGAAAUGGUAUGUGCCCUUGUCAGACAAGGAGAGGAAGAAGAUCUCCAGGGAUCUGGUCCAGACUAUUUUGGCCAGAAAACCCAAAAUGUGCAGCUUUCUGGAGUGGAGGGACCUCAAGAUUGUCUAUAAGAGAUAUGCAAGUUUGUAUUUCUGUUGUGCUGUUGAAGACCAGGACAACGAGCUGAUCACUCUGGAGAUCAUUCACCGAUAUGUGGAGCUACUGGACAAGUACUUUGGCAGCGUUUGUGAGCUGGACAUCAUUUUCAAUUUUGAGAAAGCCUACUUCAUCCUGGACGAGUUCCUGUUGGGAGGAGAGGCUCAGGAGACGUCCAAGAAGAAUGUGCUGAAGGCCAUCGAGCAGGCCGACCUGCUGCAAGAGGAAGCUGAAGCCCCACGAAGUGUGUUGGAGGAGAUUGGCCUGACAUAA